AUGCAGAAGCCCCAGCUCUUAGGUUCUGUCAUGGCCACUCCAAAUGGAACUCUGGUCCACCCAUUAUACUUCCUGUUGGUAGGUAUCCCUGGCCUGGGGCCUAAUUUACACUUUUGGCUGGGUUUCCCUCUGUGUUUUAUGUAUACUUUGGCCAGCCUGGGUAACCUGGCCAUUGUUCUCAUCAUCCGCAUGGAAAGGCGCCUGCAUGAGCCCAUGUACCUCUUCCUGGCCAUGCUUUCCACCAUUGACCUAGUGCUCUCCUCCAUCACCAUGCCUAAGAUGGCCAGCCUCUUCCUGACAGGCAUCCAGGAGAUUGAGUUCAAUGUUUGCCUGGCCCAGAUGUUCUUUAUCCAUGCUCUGUCAGCCAUGGAGUCAGCUGUCCUAUUGGCCAUGGCUUUUGACCGCUUUGUGGCCAUCUGUUAUCCUCUGCGCCAUGCUUCUGUGCUCACAGGGCCCACUGUGGCCAAGAUUGGGCUAGCUGCCCUGACCAGGGGAUUUGUAUUCUUCUUUCCACUGCCCUUUAUCCUGAAGCGGUUGUCAUACUGCCAAUCACAUACUGUCACACAUUCCUUCUGUCUUCACCAAGAUAUUAUGAAGCUAUCCUGUACUGACACCACAGUCAAUGUAGUUUAUGGACUCUUCAUUAUCCUCUCAGUUAUGGGUGUGGACUCCCUAUUCAUUGGCUUCUCCUACGUCCUCAUCCUGCGGGCUGUGUUGGCUCUAUCCUCUCGGGGAGCAGCACUCAAGGCUUUUAACACCUGCAUCUCUCAUCUCUGUGCUGUCCUGGUCUUCUAUGUGCCCCUUAUUGGGCUGUCUGUGGUACACAGAUUGGGUGGCCCCACUUCCCUGCUCCAUGUGGUUAUGGCUAAUGUAUAUCUGCUGUUACCACCCAUUGUCAAUCCUAUUGUCUAUGGAGCCAAGACCAAGGAGAUCCGCUCACAGGUCUUCUAUAUGUUCUCACAAGAAGGCAGGUAUGCAGGAUAA